GAAAAAGUAGAGUCGUCGUGUUCGCACCGAUCAAACGGCGUUAUUAAACUUUAACGAGGAUUUUUAGUUUGUAGUAGAGGUUUGUUUUUAUCUGGUUCGAGUUUCCCGCCGGUGGAGAGGUACCGGAGAGGAAGAGGAGGAAGGCGCGGAUUUAACGGACAUGAGUUCUCCUCUCAACAUGGAGACAACAGGAGAUCCAGGAAACAGCCUCAGUCAGCAGUGCUGCAGCUGUGUCUCCUCCUCGUCCAGAUGUUGGUGUGUGGACUGUAGAGAAGCUCUGUGUCCCGACUGUGUGGUGGCUCAUCGCAGAGUCACUGUGACCAGAUCCCAUCGGAUCCUGAACCAGAAGCCAGACCAGUCCACUACAGACCAGUCCACUACAGACCAGUCCACCACAGGAGACGUCUCGGCUCCUCCCACCAAGUUCUGCAGACAUCACCCAUCUGAGCCGCUCAAACUCUACUGUUUCACCUGUUACCAGUACACCUGUAGAGACUGUCAGCUGAUGGCUCACAUGAACCACAGGUAUCAGUUUGUCGCUGAAGCGCUGGCCAAUAUGAGGAAGCAGCUGGAGGCCUGGGUUCAGCCAAUCAGAGCGCAGAGAGAAACAGUGAGGCGCAGCCUGCAAGACAUGGAGACCAGGCUGCGGGACGUCGCCCGGGGGGAGAUUCAGCUGAAGACGGAGCUGCAGAGUUCUUAUAAGAUCUGUUCUGAGAUCCUGCAGAAGAGGAUGAGAGACAUCCUGGAGGAGGUCAAGAAGGCGUCUCAGUCAGAGUGUGUGUGGAUCCAGAGGAGGAUGGAGAAGCUGAAGAAGCUGCAGGAGAAGCAGCUCUUACUGACUGAAACCACAGACAAGGCCAGAAACAUCCAGGAGCUGUCCGCUCUGUUCACCUGGUCGGCACAUAUCAAGUGUCAGCUGAAGGAUCUUCAAGACCAGGACCUGUCUCCCCCUCAAACCAUGUCCCAGCUGCAGGUCCUCGUUGACGAGAAGUCUAUGGGAAACCUUUUAAACUUUGGUGAACUUAAAGUUACAUGGAUCCCUUUCUCUGUCUCACAAACCUCCAAUCAGAACACUCCAGACACCUCCAGCCCCUCCCCCGCUGUCACCCCUCCCACCUCCACCUCUCUGGCACCUUCCUGCGAGACCCUUCCCCAAACUAGGACCACUAAUGACACUGCCUCACCUGUUCCAGUACAGCAUCCCCCUUCGUCUUUGUCAUCCUUGUCCUCCCCCCCCCCUCCCAAAUCCAGGACCUCUACGUCCAAUCAGUCGUGUCCUCCUCCCUCCUCCUGCCCGAACCUCAACCAACCCACUCAACCUGUUCAGUCUCUGUCCUCCUCAACUCUGAGGUCAGUGUCUCACCAGAAGACAAACCAAAGUCAAGUGAUUCUGACGAAGCAUCAGGUCCAAUCAGCUUGUACCUCAGUGAGUAAGCAACCUAUCAGGUCUGGUUUGUCCCUGUCCAAAGCUCUGUCUCCAUCCUGUAGUGUUCAACUCGUCCAACCGGCUCUAGUUCUGAACCAGCCCACCAACAUUCCCCUGAUCAAAACUCAAAUUCAGACUGUGUACCAGGUGUCCGGCAGCUCCGUCACCCUCUACCCAGUCAUGCCUCAGUUGCCUCAGUUGCUGCUCUGUCAGACUGUUUCCUGCCCUCCGGUCUCAGGAAGUUGUCAAAAUCUUCCUGCAGCCUCUGCAGAAAACUCAAUCUCUGUUGGACAGAGCCACAUGGUGGCGCCAAACCACUGUACUCUGACAGAUGAAAGCUCUGCUGCGCACACUGGACUUCUUGCUUCCCAGCGUCUAAUCUGUGAUAGCGCACCUUAUCCGUCCUCUCUGAAACACCAGCCGCAGAGUCCAGUGGUGAUGGCGGAGGCGGACUCUGCCUGUGAUCACAAAGUGCCAGAGGAGGCAGCGAAGCCGCAUGAAACCGCAGAGAACAGACCGACCUCCACCGUGUCUGAAGGAACCAAACCUUCAGGGAAACCGUCUCUACCUAAAACAGAAGACAAAGAUACCGAAGGACCGAGCGUUGGUGGUCUCAGUCCCUCCACAGAGAACAAACCGACCUUCAUGGUGUCUGAAGGAACCAAACCUUCAGGGAAACCGUCUCUACCUAAAACAGAAGAGAGGGAUACUGAAGAACUGAGCUCUGUGAUUGGACAGCAGAACUUCAAUCUGAGGCGACGUCAGAUCAAAGUGUCUCUGUUCAGAUUGCAGUUGUCCCAGCCCCGACCUAGAUGUCCCCGACCUGGUGUCAGUCUCCCUGUAGAGAAUAUACCGACCGUCUUGGUGUCUGAGGAGCCCAAACCUUCAGGUAAACCUUCUCCACCUCAAACAGAAGACGGAGAUACUGAAGGGCCGAGCUCUGUGAUUGGACAGAAGGACUUCAGUCUGAGCCAAUAUCAGCCUAGAGUGUCUCUGUUGAGACUACCUUUGUCUCUGCCCCGACCUGGACGUCCCCUCCCUGGUUUCAUUCUGAUCCCUGGAGACACUGAAGAUGAGGUUUACGUGGAAGAGGUUGGUGAAGACUCUCAGUCCUACGUUGAUGAUGUCUCCGAUGACUUAGGGGAUUCCACGGACCCUCCGUCGUCUCCGUCGUCUCCAUCGUCUCCUGUGACCCUGCAGAUACUUUCCUGCUCUGCUUGUGGAUCUGCUCACGCUUCAAUAAUCUGUUUGUCCUGCGGCCGAGGAUACCACAGAGACUGUCACCUUCCUCCUGUUGGACCUGACGUUUGGUCAGAGUGGAUCUGUUCGUUGUGUCAGGACCUGUCCGACCCCUCGGACCCCUACAGGUCUGAGAGGCCACAGAGUCCACAGAGUCCCUGCCUCAGUCUGCAGGACCAGAGGAGGUGCGAGAGUCUGCUGCUGCAGCUGAAGGUUGAAGGCUGCACUCCACUGUCUGAGGUCGGUGAUGUUUGGUCUCAUCUGACGUUGAUCUCGGAGCGUCUGACUCUCCGUCGCUCUCCUCAUUAUCAAACAGCUGCAGAGUUUCUGUCGGACAUCUGGCAUCUGUUCAAGGAGAUAUCGUCCUCUCAGGACGACCUCGUCCUGAACAAACUGCAGGAGACGUUUCACCUCAGGUUGAAGGAGACGUUCAGUUCAGAGCUUCAUCAUCCACCUGUGACAGCACCCAGCUCAGAGAGGGGGGAGAGGUCUGCACACCUCCACCAGGACCCCCCAGACACAGACACCAACCAGUCCAGACUGAAGGAGACCAGGAAGAGGCUCAGAGACUUCCUGACUCUGAUGGGACCCUCAGGAGCCAAGAGGACGAAGACGGACAAGAUGGAGGAGUGAGACGGGAGAAAACCCGGAGUGGAUUAUUUAGUUUAAUGGGAUUGAGCUGAGCUGACGACCAGGAAACCCCGAGGUGGAUUCUGUGUUGUACAAACUGACCUGGACUCGUGGAUCAGGACUGAGGGAUGAGGAAGUUUUGAUUCGUUCAUCCAAAGUUUUUCUGUCACUGUUUCUGGCAGUUAUUACUCUGAGACCAGAGGUCAUGUGACUAAGACCAUUCUGAUCCUGGUUCAGACUUCCUGGUCUAAACUGGUCGAAACCCACAAACCACGAGGCGGGAAAUCUGUCAGGUGACGUCAGCAGCUUCUCUUGUUAAAUCGCAGCUCGUUAAUCACAGCAGGUUCAUCAGAUCAAUAUUAUUUCACUGAGUCCAGAUGUUCAGAACUGAGACUGUGAGAAGAUUGAUCUUUGAUCUGUGGCUGAUUGAUCGAUCAAUAAAUAAAGAGUUUGACAACAGCUAGAACAGUUCACUCCUUUGCACAAACACACACUGUGACAGUGAGGUCACAUGAUCCUGAACGUCACAUCAGGGCUGAUCCAGAUGUUCCAGUGGUGAAGUGGAACCAGUUGAUUAAGUAUCUUUUCUUCGACCUCACGACACGUCAGAGGAAAACAUCCUCGACUGAAACUUUAAUAAUCACUAAUCACUAAUGAUCAAUGAAACGACACGACAGGAAGCAGAACUGCUCUGAUCUGUGGACGCCAAAAUAAAACGUGCACAUCUGUCUGUUCACAAACACAUGAGGCUUUACUUGUAUUUAAUUGUAUCAUUGAUUUUUUCUCUGAUCAUAAACUUUGUGUUAAAUCUUUAAGAAAUUUCGUUCAUCCCCCAAAACAGAGACGACAGGCUGCUGUAUAUCUCCAGUAGUUUCUGUAGAGUCUUUUCCUGUGGUCUUCCUCCUGUUUCCUUCUUUUAAACGUUUUUCUUUUCGUCUUGUUCCAUAUUUUAUAUCUUUUUUUGAACAUAUUUGAUGCUUCAGUCAACGGUGGGAUUGACUGUUUACUGUCGCUGCAAUUCUUUUCCAAAUCAGGUUUCUCUCAGGUUUCUUCUUAUUGUUUCACUUCGCUGAAUUUCCAAAGUAAAACUUCCUGUAACUGUUGAAUUCUUCCUAAAGAUGAACAUGUUAUGCUGAGGGUGAACAGAGGUCAGCGGUUGCUCAGUCUGCCAUUUUUAUUAUUUUGAAAGUCUUAAUUUACCCAGAAUUCAUUGUACCACAGUCCGAUUUAAAAUAGUCGAGAACUAAACUGAUUUGUGCAACGUAUGAAUUUAGACCAGCUGACCUUUGACCUCCAAUAAGUCGAUCAACAGAAAAUUAAACAGCAGCUGUUUUGAUCAUGAAUAAUUUUUCUGACUGUGAGACACAAACUGCAUGUUAAAUAUUUAUAAAACAUGAAGAAGAGUUGGUUAUUGUAGAGACAUGUUCUCACACAAACCACCUCAGAGUCAUUAUUGAUUAACUAUUUUGAUUGGUUGAUUAAUCAGA